AAGGCGCCGCACCCCGGGGUUCUUGUCUGCGCUCUGGUGCCAGCUGCUGCUGGGCUGCUUUCCGUUGCUCGAUUCUAGGUUGAAAAGCAGCAGCGGCGGCAGCAAAAACUCUACCAAGGGGAUAAUUAAGAAAUCAGAAUUGGAGGAGCCAAAAAGAAGGAGGCAUUUCUCGGUCAGUAAAGCGCUUUCCUCUACAUUCUUAGGGGGGAGAUCGAGUGGUGACGGGGAGAGCAUUGGUGGGGCUGUGGCGUAGGGGAUGGGGAGGAGGAGGAGAGGCGGCGGAAUGCUGGAUGCGCCAUGGCUGCCGCUGCUGCUCCUGGUUUGCUGCGCCUGGCCCCAGAAGCAAAUCUUGGUCUCUGCAGACACUAACGCUAAUGACGUUACUGUCCUCAACACGCUCUUCACUAGCCUGAAUUCUCCCGGGCAACUCAAAGGCUGGCAAGCAAGUGGCGGUGACCCUUGCGGCCAAUCAUGGCAGGGAAUUACUUGCUCAGGAUCGUCGGUUACUGCAAUCAAAUUGCCAAGCUUGGGACUCUCUGGGAAUUUGGCCUACAAUAUGAAUACCAUGGGUUCAGUGGUUGAGAUAGACAUGAGCCAAAACAACCUUGGCGGUGGACAAGCGAUACAGUAUAAUCUCCCUACUGAUAAGCUUGAGAGGCUCAAUCUUGCAGGGAACCAGUUCACUGGAAAUUUACCCUACUCAAUUUUCUCUAUGUCUAAACUUAAGUAUUUAAAUCUUAAUCAUAACCAAUUACAAGGAAAGAUGACUGAUGUAUUUUCCAACCUUGAUAGCUUAACAACAGUGGAUCUCUCCUUCAAUUCUCUUACUGGUGACCUUCCAGACAGCUUCACCGCGCUGUCAAGUCUUAAAACUUUAUAUUUGCAGAACAAUCAAUUUUCUGGUUCUAUCAAUGUCCUAGCUAAUCUCCCCCUUACCGAUCUGAAUAUUGCAAAUAACCGUUUCACUGGUUGGAUUCCUAGUCAGCUUAAGAAGAUAAACAGUCUACAGACUGAUGGCAACUCUUGGACUUCAGGACCAGCACCACCACCACCUCCAUAUACAGCUCCACCUGCAAACCGUCGAAAGAGCCCAGGUCAGAAAAAUGAUGGUUCAUCAAGUUCUGGUGGAAAAUCUGGGAUAGGUGGUGGAGGUGUGGCAGGCAUUAUCAUAUCAUUGCUGGUCGUUGGAGCAGUUGUUGCGUUUUUUGUGAUAAGAAAAAGAAAACGCAAAGCUACAAUGGAAGAACACUUCGAACAGCACCAGCCAUUUACUUCGUUCCCUUCAAACCAAGUUAAAGAUGUGAAGCCCUUUGAAGAGUCUGCCACAAUAGAUGUGGAGUCUUUGGCUUCCCCUGCUUCAGCUAGUCUGAAGCUACCACCCAAAAUUGAACGCCACAAGUCAUUUGAUGAUGAUGAUUUUUCAAACAAGCCUGUCCCGAAGAAAAGCAAUGCAAAACCUAUAAAGGCAACUGUUUAUUCAGUUGCGGAUCUACAAAUAGCAACAGAUAGCUUCAGCAUGGACAAUCUUGUUGGAGAGGGUACUUUUGGACGUGUCUACAGGUCACAGUUCAACGACGGGAAGGUUUUAGCUGUGAAGAAACUAGAUAGUACUGUAAUGCCAUUCCAUUCUUCUGAUGACUUUGUUGAACUGGUCUCAAACAUUUCAAAGUUGCACCAUCCAAAUCUCAAUGAGCUCGAGGGUUAUUGCAUGGAACAUGGGCAGCACUUGCUUGUGUACCAUUUCCACAGGAAUGGAUCACUUCAUGAUCUACUCCAUCUUUCAGACGAGUACAGCAAGCCACUUAGCUGGAACUCUCGUGUUAAGAUCGCACUCGGCUCUGCCCGUGCACUGGAGUACCUUCAUGAAGUAUGUUCUCCGUCCAUCAUCCAUAAGAAUUUCAAGUCAUCCAACAUUCUGCUGGACUCAGAAUUCAAUCCACACCUUUCAGACGCUGGACUUGCAAGCUUUAUUCCUGAUGCUGAGUUCCAGGCAGCAGAACAGAGUGCUGGGUGCACUGCCCCAGAGGUAGACAUGACUGGUCAGUACACUCUCAAGAGUGAUGUCUACAGCUUUGGAGUAGUAAUGCUAGAGCUUUUGACGGGACGGAAACCUUUUGACAGCUCUAAGUCCAGGUCCGAGCAGUCACUCGUGCGGUGGGCAUCUCCCCAGCUGCAUGACAUCGAUGCAUUGGACAGAAUGGUCGAUCCUGCACUCAAGGGUCUGUACCCUGCCAAAUCUCUGUCCCGAUUUGCUGAUGUGCUCGCCUUGUGUGUCCAGCCUGAACCAGAAUUCAGGCCACCGAUGUCAGAGGUGGUGCAAGCAUUGGUUCGCCUUGUGCAGAGGGCCAACAUGACAAAGAGAAUGCUCGACGGAGACACUUCCGGGCGGGGAGAUGACCAGGACCAAGAUUUCAUAUAACACAAGCAAAACCCUACCACCCUUGCUAUUGCAUCUCAGACUGUAUUUGUUUAUUUCUUCUAGCCCCUUUGGAGGAAAAGAAAACAGAAUAGUUUCCGGUCUCGUGAGUACAUAUCAGUUAUCACAGCUUUCGCUUUGACAUAACCAAGGAUUGGUCUUGUAUGAUUUUAUCAUGUCUACAACUCAGUACAACCAUCUCAGCUCGCAGUUGUGACAUGCUGUAUUCCUGUUACCUUCUUCCAUUAAAUUGUCUCCAGAUGCUCCGAUUACGAGUGAUAAAUAAAUGGUGGUAUCAUC